AAAGGAAUAUAUAUGUUCCGUUGUCUACACUGCUGCCAACAAUUGAAUGUUUUUACAAAUUGUAUUUGAGCUUAGUACAUACGUCGAGCGAUUAAUGUUUUGAAGCAAUGUAUUGAAUGUAAACCGUGCCAGAGAUGAUGUAUGUCAGCGGUGUCGGCAAAAAGCGGAAAUGAGAUGUCCACAGGAAGUAAAAGUGUCGUUGCUUUACCAGGAAAAAUCGAAGCUUUACUUGGAAAAUAUUGAGUAAAUCUACAACCGGUCUCGUUUUCACGGUGAUGUAUUGUUGCGUACGAAAUAAAAUGUCCACAGUUGAGGCAGCUCACGAACGCAUCUCUACGAUUCUCGUGUGUUGCUACCGUAAAAAUGUUUCCUUGCCCGGUUUGCGAUGUCAAAUUAAACUCAGCAGAACAACGGCGGGCACAUUGUCGUGGUAAGAAUCAUAUUAAACGUGAAGAAGCGAGAAAGAAAGCCCAAGAACUCGGUACUGACUUUGAUAGUACACCAGAUCACUGCGAUGUAUGCAAUGUUCCGCUUACUUCUAAAAUGACGGCUAUAGACCAUUUCAAAGGCAAAAUGCAUCAGAAAAAGGUCAAAGCUGUCGAGGAGCAAAGACAGGGGUUCAAAAACUACUGCGAGAUCUGCGAAGUUAGUCUUCAAUCUCUGAAAGUUUCUGAGGCUCAUUUCAACGGCAAACAACAUCACAAACGGGAACGAAAGACCAACUCGGGGAAGGGACAAGGCAGGAAGAUCCCGAUAGAAAGAAAAUCUAUCAACUCUCGCACUUCUCGGCCCAGAACUGAAGAUUUUUCGCCAAGUCAGAACAUUUUUGGCGACGUUUUUGAAGAAACUGCGAAGAAUUCCUCAUCUUGGGAAAAUCUAAAUUGCGACAAUGAUACCGAGCCGAAAGAUCUACUCGGCGAAUUCAGAAGCAUUCGUAAGUAUAAGCCAACUAGAUUGAAAUUUGCCUGUCCAAAUGAGCCUUACCCAACUCUUGUUUUCACCGUGUUUUAGCAAACUUUUUUUUAACGACAUAAGGUCUAAAACCAAGGUGUCUUCACCUGCUAAAUGUACCGUUUUUGUACCAAAAUGUUUGAGGUCUAUAUAACGCGCGCACGUCUUUACAUGCUGUCUUCGCCUUUCUAUUCCAGACUAAAAUACAAAAUAACUGGAAUUUCCCUCAUUGGUGCAUGUCGUUCGUUUGGACUGUAGGUUCUCAACAUCCCAAAAGGAAAACUCGGCGUUUUGGUGAAUCAAAAUCAGAAAAUGGAAUUUCAGAUCGUCAUGAGGGUGUUACCGCGUCGUUUUAUUAACAUGCGUAUAGCGAUCUCGCCAUACGAUCUUACAGUUCUAUACCGUUCUUUUCAUAAGAAAUAUUUCGUGUUUUCAUCGCAGCUUUUGCGCAUUCAGUGAUCUAUCAUUAUUUAGAACAUGGUUUCGUUUUUCGGGCACUGAAAAAAGGCGAAUUUGCCAUGUGGUCCUUACAUACACGUAUAUAUAAAAUGGCUAAGCUUUUUGAUGAAGGCGUACAGUUGCAUCUCAAGGUACUUGCAUGGGAUUUCGCACUUGAAAAUGUUUCUGCUUGCGUUUGCUUCAUUUCUUUCGCGGCAAUAUGUUUCUGUGUAUCAGUCCUGCGCAAAAAGCUUGAAUUUGGUUAUAAAUGGAAAUCUCCAUAGCCAUAGGAAAUUGAAAUGCGAGUGGACACUUUUUAUUCAGCCUUGCAUGUCCUAAAGUGCGUGUUUUGUACGUUUUUAAAAUCAUGAAAAACUUCGCAUGAAAGGCGUUCGCAGUGUAAAUGUAGAAGGGCAUUUUGAUGGAUAAAUGUACAGCAAUGCGUAUGGCUAUUUUAAUUGGCGAUUUAAUAGGGACAAUAAGACGGGCAUUUUGCAAACCUGAGGUACAUAAAAUGACAUGUUUUUUGUCAAAGAGGCGUUGUCCUUUAUCUUUGGCUUUGCUAUAGGGUGACAUAUGAUAUGAGAAGAAAACAUGAUUUUAAAGAAUAAUAUAUGAUAUACAUUAGUUCUUUCAGAGAUGAUACUUUAGCCCAUAAUUAUUUUCCUGUUAAGUAUAAGCAACGUUUUGUGGCAGGAUUUAAUAAUAUUUACUAAUUUAGAUUUUAGUAAUAAUUAACAAUAGUGCAAUACCUCAAAGGUCUAGAAACACUGUAGCUUUAUAAAUGUAGAUGUUUGGGAUUGCAAUUGCAUGAAGAAUACAAAAUAUUUAAUAUGAGAAAGGUGUUUUUGCUGUGAAUGUACAAUAUAUUUUAGUCUAUCUGUGAAAUUUUUCAGUUGAAUAUAUGUUUGCUGGGAAGGAUGAUGCAAUAGGAUCUUAUAACCAUGGAGGUUCUGUGAUGCAGCUUUGGCAAAGUUGCAAUUAUAUUAUUUAUAUGGAGUAAGAUUUAUAUUAUCUCUAGUUCUAGAGUUCUCAUCAGUAAAUAAAAUAGCCCUAACAAAUCCAAGGGACAUUGGAACAUUUAGGUUUGAUUUAGGCUUAUACAUGCAUGGGGUAUACAAUAUUUGUCAUGAAACUUGCCCAAAAUAGUUAAUUAAACAUAGUUAAACAUCUUACUCCAAAAUAGUUAUUAAUAAACAUCUUAUUUCAGUUUUUGCAGAUAAAAACUAAAUGAGGAAAUUCAUAUAUAGUAUUAUAAAUCAUUUUUGAAGCAAUGACUUGUGGGGAGUUUAUGUUGCAUCAUUUGAAUGAAACCAUAUAUCAGUGGCUUAUGGAUCUUGCCCAAAACUCAAAAGACUGUGUUUAUACUUUCUCUCUGAUACAAAACUGCUGGGGAAACUCGUAGUACAUGUAUGUUAUCUCAUUAAAACAAUUUUGAGGUGAUGCAUUGGAUUAUAGGGAUCUUAAUCAUGUUAUAUACUGGAGACUGUACAUUGCUUCCCAGAGGUUGUUAAUUUACUAUACUAUAUAUAGACCUUUGUAGACUAAUAUAUUACAUAGACUUUAAACUUCAUAUUUUCUUCGUGUCUAUAAAAACUGUGGCUUUAUUUAAGAAGGAACUAUAUAUGCAUUACAUUAUAGAAUACGAAAAAGGGAAUAGUAGCUUACAUGUACCAUUUGAGUAAAUUAUGAUGACAAAUUAAUGCUUUAUAUUUUUGCCUUCCGCCAGCCUGCAUGAGCCCAUAGCUGUACAGUUUUAGCUGUAUCAACUAAGAGGCUACUGUCUUUUAAUAUAUAAAUUGUAACUUUAAAUAAAGGAUAGUUUAUUUUACAUCGUUGUUAUAAUGUUUAUGUUAAAAUUUAUUAUUUUAUUAGAAGUAUGCAUGCCUCACGACACUUGACUUGCCUUUAUAUGAAAACGCAGAGAAUUUUCUCUACUUUUUGUUCUUGAUUACUAAAUUUUAACUUUUAAACUCAAGUAAAAGUAGACGUUUUACCAUGCUUUGGAAACUAUAAGUGUUUAUGUUUUCAGUUUAUAUUUGCCCACUACUGACUGUACGUGUUUACAUUUUAUAGUUCGUAUGCCAAUGCUGUGCUAUAUUCCUAUAAUGUAUCCAUGUAUAGGAGAAAUACUUUAUGGCAAUGUUUUGUUAUAUUUUCGUUUAUUACUAUCUGGUAGACCUUGAUAUUUAAAGAAAAUCCCUUAUUGAACAAAAUUUUGUAUAAUUUUUGAACUUUUAAGUUUUAUAACAAAAAUCUCCGCUUUCAUAAUAUGGGCUCAGUGCCAAGUCUGUAAAUAUUUGGCCUACGAGUCCUCAAAAAUUACGGGACUGAACCACUGAGUAUUUUAAUAAAAUAUAAAACAACGGGAUGAUGACUGAAUCAUAGUCGAAAGCUAGAACGCGAUUAAAAUUCGGAGUUACCGUUGUUUUAUAUUUUAUUAAAAUACUCAGUGGUUUCAAUAAAGUCAAACGGAUGUCUUUUCUCAAAAUAUAAUGCCUAAAAAUUACUAGACACCAUAAUUCAUAAGUUAUGAUGUACAAGAUAAUGUUACUACUAUAGUCUAUGGUGUCUAGUAAUGCAUGCAUGAUUUGUUGUUUUGCUCUUUUAUCACUACCCUGGAUUCCAGAGCCUUCGACAGUAAAUAAUAAAUUGAAAUAUUUACUGUCGAAGGCUCUGGAAUCCAGGGUAUUAUUUUUAUCACAUUAGACAUUAGAAUAAAAAUUGAAAUACUGCUUGGUAUUGGUUGAAAUCGUUUUCACUGCUGAUGUCUUUAAUACUUGUCUUAGACGUGUCAGAAUAUUGUAUUUAACAUUAAUAACACAAAUUCACAAUAAUUUUUGGUCUAGUAAAACUGUAAAAGGUUUGUUUUGCUGCGCGAUCGAAUAUACAAAUACUACAAGUACAAUAUAGAACAAGACUUUAACAAUUAGAACAAAAUUUGAAAUGUUCCUUGCUUAGUUUUAAUUAAUUUCUGUUGUUUAUGACUUAUGUUAUUUAUAGAAACAGGGGUGUUUCAACUUCCGACUUGAAUUCUAUACACAGAUAUUUUAUAUGUAUUUUGCUUCGUUGUUGUUUUAUAGUCAAUGGCAAGUCUCUCAAUUCUCCUGAUACUCCGAAUUCAGCAAGUUCUGAAACUUCCACAGAACAUUUCUUUUCGUUUGAUGAUCCUGUCGUGUCUAACACAUCGGUCCUAAUUCCACUAAAUACAAGCCAUCCAGCAGUUCACGAAACUACGAUUCCAGAAAGACAACUUCCAGUAGUCGAACCAAUCUUGCCACCCAACGGCCUUACACCGUACUUCGUCUUCAACGGCGAAGAUCUUCCCAAGGUUACAGAAAACACAGCACUGAGUAGCUUAUGGGGAUCUCUGGAAUUGAACGAAUCCUGCAACCCUACAUUGCCUUUCCCAAGCACCGUGUUACAGUCUAUGAGCGCCCAAAACGAACACCUCGUGCAAACACAAGCGGUAGUAUAUGUGUUAAGAGAAGCUGGUCAAGGGAUUUCAUCUGGCGAUAUUGCAACGAAAAUGCCUGGACUCUCACCUAGCGAUGUGAAUUUGAUACUAAGUGAUCUUGAAAAGCAUCAUUUAGUUUUAAAGUCGGGCUAUGCUCCUAUCUUGUGGUCACUGGUAGGAAGUACUGAACAUACUGCACCAUCAAAACAACAUUACAAAACAUUGAAUGGAUUCAGUUCCCAUCUAGAAGAAAUACCAUCUCCUAAACAUCUGCAAUAUUUUGAAUCAUCGAAAGAAUCAUAUUUUGAUCAAAACGGGCAGAAUAAUUUCUCAACAACCGAAGCAUUCACGGCGUUGACGGCGGCCAUUUUGGCUCCUUGUUCGAUAAGUACCACAACAAUAGCACCCAGCGAAGGUGUUCGUCCUUACACGCAUGUUGUUGAAUCCAAUUAUACGACUACGACAACACACAGUGAUAUUGUUCGUCCCUACGCCCAUGUUAUUGAGUCAAACCUAGUGAAUGUGUUUCAACAAAACAUUUCUCUUACUGUCCACGAAAUUAAAACAAAACUUAACUUCAGAGAUGAGGCUAGACUGCUGUUCAUGUUACAGAAACUGCUCGAACGUAAUGUUAUAGUCCAAGACGGCGAUCAAAGAUGGCGGCUUGCGAGCUCAACACGAAGCAAUGUGGGGGUUAUUGGUGAGGAACGUAAGCGAAGAAGCCCAGUGCAAAGCGGAAAUGAAUUAUCGAGGGAUAGAACACCAUCACCUCCGAAAGAAAACGGUCAUCGAAUUCCAAAUGGUUAUCACACCACUGAAACUUCUUGUGUUUCAAACGGAUUCAGCACUCCUGCUUUUUCUGCUAAAAACAAUGGUCAUCGAGUUUUCGAUGGUUUUCACAAUUCCGCUACUCCUCCAAACGAAAACGACCAUUGUACACGAGUUCCAAACGGCUAUCACACGUCUGAAAGCAUGGUUCUACUGAAGAAUGAUUGUAUCCAGGCUGACAAGCGCAACGGCCUUUGGCAAGAGAUAAAUAACUACGGAAUGAAUGCUAAAGGUGUUCAAAAUUCACAUCAUGGGAACAGCAACAACAAGCAACAUAACAGAUCCCCACAGCCGUUACCCUUGAAAACCGACACAAGCGAAGUCUUGGAAGAUCUGACGGGUACUCCACCCAAAGCGUACCAGAAAGAAUUGUACGAGAAAGCCAUGCAAGAGGACACAGUUUGUUAUCUACCCUGUGGUACUGGAAAAGAUCUUGUGAUCGCUCAAGUUAUUGCACAUACGGUUAUCUUAAACCCAACGAAAGAAGCUUUAGUUAUUGUCCCUGAUAUUGUCAGUGCUCUGAACGUAGCUCAAGUUCUUCGUAAAGAGCUCGGCUCAAACAGUAAACGAAAGAAACUGAAUGUUGCUUUACAUGCAGGACAGUUAAAACAGUCCAGUGGCAAAGUACAAGUUAGAGUGCUCACAUCUUCGACGUGUUUAGGAUUAUUAAACUGCGGUGCUCUUUCGUGGAAAGAUGUCUGUCUGUUGAUAUUUGACCACGCUCUGAUGUGUUGUAAUGAUGAAGCGUCAAAGACGAUCCUUCAUAAAUACUACCUCAAAGCAAAGAUGGACAUUCGUAACGGACAUGUUCCGAAAUUGUUUAGUUUUAUUGAUUCCUCAACAGGCCAGGAGAACCUGGACGAAACGAAGCGAACGUGUGAAGAUGUUUUGUCUUUAAUGGGUGAUGUUUCCCUGUCCUGUGCCACAGAGUCAGUGAACGAGCUUGAGCAAGAUAAACACGAAGCAAUGUUUGUUUGUGUCCAGACAGGUUUGAGUGAGGAAGAAUCAAGGAUGUUCUAUCUUCUUGGAACUUAUUUAAACCUCGUAUUCGAUAACUUAGGUGCUCAAUGGCAGCCGCUGAACAGUUACAGAGAACUUCUUAAGAUUUCAUUCAAGGAGGGUUCGGUGAUUAGUGAAGCUUUUGUUAAAUUGAUUCAUUUAACAGGCCAGUCUCUAGAGAAACGUCUUCCUGCGUCUUGUUUGAAAACAUGGCGUCAUUAUCUUGCUAUCGGUGAAGCAAUUUUUGCCUUACUCGAAUGUGGAGAAGAUCUCGCCAAAGAGCUACUGGUGAACUUGACACGUGAAGAUUUUGGGUUUGCAUGGGCCAAUGAUGUGGGAUUGCCUGGCUUUGAGUUAUCUCGACAAUUGAUGGAGAAAGAAAUUCCAAACUGCGGUAAGUUUUAAUUUAUAUUCUUGACUUUUGCCUUUUCUCUUAGAUUUAGAUAUACAUGCAGGCUGGUUUUUCACGUGAGUAUGCAUGUAGUUACUAAUUGAAUACUAGUACAGUAUUACACACACUGAAAUAAGUUUUAUUUUUUUAGUUUUAAAAUAAACUGUAAGUAAACGUCACUUCUCGUAGAUUUUGUUGGGUAGAACCGUCCUGGAAAUCAGUUUUCCUUAGUCGUUUUAAAAUUUAGACAAUUUGCCUAUUUUAAAACAGCCUCAAUUUAGAUACGAUCCUAACCCUAAUUCUUAUGACGUUAUUUCUGGUUAGUAAUAAGAGUUUAAAGUCACCCAACGAAGGUAGAGGCUAGGGUAAAUAAAGAUGAUAGUAUUAGUAGUAGCAUAAAUAUAUGCAGCCAGCUAUCAUUCUGAACAAACCCCGUGAUAAAAUUCAGUAUUUUAAAGUUGUUUUUGCCCAGAUUAUAACAUGGUCGUUCAAGCAAACACUCUAAUAUCGCAUUUUUUGAUAUUUUUGACUAGGUUCCAGUCUGUCCUACCCUCGCGGUUCUGGUUUACGUGCACUUCUUGAGCAACUGAUGAUUAUGCAGUGGGAGAAUGCGCGUGUCUCGUCUGAACGACCGCUGGCUUUAGUGAUCGUCAAACUAAACAAAACAGCCAAGAUCUUAGCGAACUAUUUAGCACGAUGUCCUCAACUGGCCAAGAGAAAUGUCAAGACGACUUUUGUUGAUGGUCAGUGUCUAUUGUCAUUAUAUUUGGGGUUAAUCAUCCUAACUUGCAGCUUUAAUAGAGCUAAGCUGAAUUACGACGGACCCAGCUCAACCUAGUCGAGUCGAAGGCUUUCAAAGGGAGCCUCUUCAGCCAACUUAUGACUCAUGUCUGAUCGCAGAACACAGCUACGGUGGAAGGGUCAUUUUGUGGGUUAUUCUUGUAGGAAACCGGAGCACCCGAAUCGAGAAAACCCAAGCACUUUCGAUAGAGCGUUGACCGACUCUCUGAUUUCAGAGGUGAAAGGCGCUUGCUUUGACGUUUGUGCCACCAAAGCCUGGUAUGUCCGCGUAAUCCGUUCCAAUCUGCUGAAAAGCCGUACAUUAGGACAAACCAUAUUUUCCAGCAUUCAUUUCAUCCUUGUAUUUCUUGAAUUUAUCCUGCUCCUGUGGUAAAAUAAACUUCUCAAACAAGUUGUAACUAAGUUUAGAGGCUUAUAUGAUCAGAAAGUUUAAAUCUCUUAACAUCAUAAUGCAAACCUGCAAAUGACUUACCGAUCGAAUAAUUUGUAAAAUAAAUAAGUCCAGAUCGGGAUAUUGCAUUGUCUUUUCAUUGUUUUGAAAACCCCACUGUUCCUCAUACAAUCCAUGCAGCCACUCAUUUUGACUUACUUAGCAAUACAAAGGCCCAAUAGGCAAUUCCAGCUUUUAAGUUAUGCGCGCAGGGGUUGACGGGAAGGUAUCAUAUUGCUGAUUAUGCUAAAAAAUUUCAAUAAAAACUGCCGAAACAACCGAAAUAUUUCAAUAUUUACAAGUAUAAGCUAUCACUCCGUGUUUACACGGCCGUCAUUUUUAUUUUUCAGCAUAUAAUCAGCAAUGUGAUACCUUACUUCCGAUUGUCCCCUACACGCAUAAACUAAAAGCUGGAAUUGCCUAUUAAAUGUAUGAUAUAUUAUUACUAAUAAGUUCUUUGAAUGUUUGCAUGGCGAUAAAAUAUAAUUGUAAGCUUUGCAGUAAUAAAUUUACGUGGUGUUUCCACAAACAAAAACAAUUAUAUUAUUACUAACUUGCAAAGUUCUUAAUGAGUUACGAUUUCUAUUCUAUAUUGUACUUGUUUAGGUUCACGAUCUCACCAACAGAAGGCAGUGAUGUCAGCAAUCAAACGACGUCAAUAUCAAGUGAUUGUCUCAACAGAUAACAUAAAACAAGACGAGUUGCCUCACUGCGAGUUAGUUGUUCUUCUAGAUCAGCCCACCUCAGUAUACGCUCUAGAACAGCUCCGGACAAGACGUGCUACGAAUGUCGUCACGAUAUGUCGUGAUGAUGACGGUGAAGACCGUAUGAAAGAACUGUUAAGAAGAGAGGAAUUAGUUGAGAAAGCCAUCGCCUGCAUCAGGACUGGUGCAACAUGAUAGGAAUGUACAUUGAGGGAUUUUGUAGUUGAUAUGAAGGUGCACCUAUCACUAUUACAAGAGCUGGCACAACGUGAUAUUAAUGGUACAUUGAGGGAUUUUGGAACCUCAAAGCAUUUUACCUUGGUUGUAAAAGUUAAUAUGAAGGUACAAGACACUGACUC